CUGUGAGUGGCUGAAAUGAGUAAUCUGUUUGUAAAAGGUUUUUCAGCCUCUAACUCUUGUUUAAACCAAGUGUGGAGGCAGCCAUGAGAGACAUUACUAUGACACCUGACUGGAAGAAUCUUUACUGUGUUUUGCUGGUGGCACUGAUGGGUGCACCAGGUUUGGAGGCCCGGGAGCAGAUUACCUGGGCAGCUAAGGUGACAGCUGGUUUCAGUACCACUUUCACCUGUUCUUCUUCGUGCUUACCAAACUGCAUCUACACCUGGUCCUUUCUGGGCCGCACAGUCAAUGGGAGCAAACUUAUAUGGACACCAGAUGGACUGGACAAUACAGUGGAAUUACAGUGUAAUGUGUUAAAUCCAGAAACAGGAGACUCCAGAACUGUGACCUCCAUUGUAGAGGUUAAGAAUCAAUUGUCUGCGCAAAUCAGUCCACCAAACACUGUUCCAACUCUCAGCCAGUCACUGGAUCUGGUCUGCGAUGAUGCUACAUUAUCGUCACACCAGGUGAACCAGGUGAAGCAGGUGGUCUGGUACAAAGAUGGACAGAAAGUGACUCUUCGUGAAGAUAUGCAUCUGCUGCAGAACACCUCACUUCACUUUGACUCACUGCUGCCCUCUGAUGCUGGAUUCUACCAGUGUGAGACGAAUGUGGCUACAGGACAACAUACAAGAGUUUUCAGCCUGGGCUACCUACUUAGCUUUGAUCGAUGGAACGUCUCUAUCGUCGGACCUGACACUGUGUUUACUGGCAGACAGAGUAAAUUCACCUGCUUGACGAGCUGUACCUUAAAUGUGGACUGUACAGUCAUAUGGCAUUUCAGGUGGGGUUUCCCCAUUGGACCCUACUUAUCAAUCCAUGAAAAUGAGCUCAAGUGGACCCCUUCCAUACCCGGUACUUUCCAAAACUUCAGCUGCGUUGCAGAAAAUGCUGCAGCUGGACGCUCUGCUGAGGCCACCAAGAUGGUAGAAGUUAAAGGUAUUCCUCUCUCUGGAUCAGAGGCUGUGCAGCUCAGUGGACUCUUUGCAGUGAUACUAAACCUGGGACUGCUGAUGCUUUUUGAUUAACUUUGAAAUUGACUAUCUUUAUCACACGUGAAAGGAACCUUUCAUGGUAAAAUACACUGGAUCACCAAAAUCUGCAAAGCAAGGAGUUGAACAAUUGUGUUGAAAAAAACUUGGUGACUUUAUCUGUAUUUGUUCAUCAACGAUUGUCAACAUAUUGUAACAAACCCUGUGAAUAUAUGUACUAAAAUAUGCUUAAUGAAGUCAGGGGAAGUGAUACACAAAAACUUAAAAUACUAUUCAUGCUGUCUUUAUUUCUUGUUUUGCCAGGACUGCUUCUUCAGUCUUCCCCAGUUUGUUUCUGCCCCAUUGUCCAUAUACAACAUAAAAUGGAAAAUAUGUCUUGUAAAUUCUGUCAGAGUACACCACAGUGAAAAUACAGUAACAAUAUGACUGGAUGUCAAGAGAAAAACAAGAGAAGGGAAGAAAAAUACAAAACACUGAACAUUUAUAACAUAAGAGCACAUCUGAGUAAUGCCAAUACACAGAAGGGGUUAAAUAAAAUGACACAACAUUGUACCUUUAUUUUUUUCAUCACAUUCUGUUGGAGAUCUGCAUUAUUAAAGUGUAAUCCAUUGUAUAAUUAA